CCUCUCUUCUUGUUUUUCAGUCGGGAAGACGUCUCUGAUCACGAGGUUCAUGUACGACAGCUUCGACAACACAUACCAGGCAACCAUCGGGAUUGACUUCUUGUCGAAAACCAUGUACUUGGAGGACCGUACAGUGCGGCUGCAGCUCUGGGACACCGCCGGCCAGGAGCGGUUCCGCAGCCUGAUCCCAAGCUACAUCCGGGACUCCACAGUGGCUGUGGUGGUGUACGACAUCACAAACCUCAACUCCUUCCAGCAGACCUCCAAGUGGAUCGAUGACGUCAGGACAGAGAGGGGCAGUGACGUCAUCAUCAUGCUGGUGGGCAACAAGACGGACCUCGCUGACAAGAGGCAGAUAACCAUCGAGGAAGGGGAGCAGCGCGCCAAAGAACUGAGCGUCAUGUUCAUUGAGACCAGCGCCAAGACCGGCUACAACGUGAAGCAGCUCUUUCGACGUGUGGCCUCGGCUCUGCCUGGGAUGGAGAGCGUCCAGGAGAAGAGUAAAGAAGGGAUGAUCGACAUCAAGCUGGACAAGCCCCAGGAGCCCCCGGCCAGCGAGGGCGGCUGUUCCUGCUAAUGCAGCCGCCACCGGCCGGCUUCCACGAAACUCCUUGCUUGUUGUGUUGCUUCCUAUUGGUUAGCUUCCUAAGGGGGGCGGGACAUGAGUUUACCAAGAUGGGAGGAUUUUUUUCUUUUCUCUCUGUCUCUAGGAGCGGGGGCGGGAUGGGGAGGGAGGCUGGGCAUCAGGGGUCACGUCACUCUUAACAGCUGUUACUUAAACAACUAUUUUUUGGUUUGGUUGUAAUAUAUUGUACUUUAUUAAGAUUGCCAAAAACUGUUAAAAUUUAAAAAAAAAAAAAAUUUAAAUCAUGUGUAUACAACUUUUUGCCAGAUAAAAAUGUAGUCAUUUUUAUUUGACAGACGUACUUUUUUGUUUUUGUAUAUUUGUAAACUUACAGAGAACCUUUUCCACACACCUCCUUCUUCCUGUCCUCUUCCUGUUUGUCACCUCCGCCUCCCUCCCUCCCACCCCAGCCCAAGAAAUUACAACGAUCCACUGAGCAGUUUAAUUAGACUCCAGUCCGGGGCCAUCUGGCCUCACCCUCCAGGCUCUCCAUGGUUAAAUCCAACACUGACUGAUCCUGGGGAGGGAGCUCUGAUUUGGUCCACGGCAGGAGGGGGAGGUCACAGAGGAACAUGUGACCUUUCCCCUUCCCUGAAAAGCCUUGAUGGGAGUCAAGGGCACAGGCAACCUUGUGUCUUCCGUGCCCUCAGUGACCAGCAGAGCAAGAGGCCACUGGAAGGAUGGGGUGCUGUCGGCAUGGAGGGCUCUGGGUGCAUAGUUAUGGACCAGGGCACCGUGUGUACUUGUCAGAGGGUUUAACUGACCCGUCCAGUGGUCAGUACCCAGAGCUGGGCUGGGUCCCAGAAACGCCUUGUAUGACGCCGGGCAGCGUGCCACCCUGCAGCCUUCCUCCUGGCAUGUCAGGGAGGCGGGAGCCAUACCACACAGACGUGGGCCUCUGGGACUGGGGGAGGGAGAGUUGUCUGCAGAACCGUCAGCUUGAAAGACACAUGUUCUCAGAGCCUCGGUUGCUAAUGUUGAGUACUUUCUGGAGAAGCUGAUUGGCUAUGUUUCGCCCCACUGGCAUGGCGCAGUUGAAAUCUCUGCACAUCCCUUUGUGGAUAUUGUGGCUGCACUGUGGUCACCUGAGGAUAUGCUUGAGGAGGAGUCUCCAGAAGGCUCCCGGGGCUCUCCUCCAGAAAGCCAUCCUUGCUGAUUUUGACUCAUUCCUAAGAGUGGCUUAAUCCCGAGCACUGCAGAAUCUCUAAUGAGAACUCUCCCUUCUCACAAAGGGUUAUAGCCCACUUGGCCAGUACUCUGGGUAGACCCAGACUCACCGCCCCAGGGCCGCACAAAGCCACGCAGUGGGCAGUGCGUCUGGCUAACACCUAAGCCCCGUGCUCGCCACUGGCCUUGGCUGUUCCCCCGGGCUGCGGGCGGGCAUGUCAUCGAUGGGGAGUGGUGGGGUGAACCCCACCAGGUCGUCGAAUGCAUUUGUGGAACUUCUCAGAAACAAAUCCAAAAUGGCAGUAGAGUCCGGCCGGACUGCCGUCUGUGCAGCGGGCCUGCCGCACGCCCUCUGCCCGGGAGGCUGCAAGACAGCUGGAUUUGAGAGAGAAGUUGAUCUGCAGGUGACCGGGAGAGGAAGCAGGAUCCCACUGAGCACCUCUUCCAGAAGGCGAGGACCAAUGUCUGAAUGUGAUUCAAAUGUCAUGUGUUUAGUUUUAUAUGUGUGUACAUAAAUAUAUAUAGAGAUAGACUUGUGCAUACACCUUCCACCAACACAUCCUCACACAGAGAUACAUGUGCUCAAUGUAUAUUUUUGUUUUUCCUGCUCUCAAGUUGGAACUUGUAUUGUGAUAACAGUUUUGGAAAUUCAAAAGUACUGCAACGUGUUGAAAUAAGAACUACUUAAUAUUGUCAAAUAACUUGUGAUUGUCUUGCCAUCAAUAAAAUAAUGCAUAGAUGUGUUCCACUUCAGGCAAAAACAGCCCACGGGAAUAUCUCCACCAAGUCUCCAUGUACUUAUAUGCACGGGUGUCCAAGCCUGUGUGGGCCAGCCCCCCCCCACCCCGGGCACACCCCCAAGUGGUGCUUGUGGGAAUGCAAAGUGCUUACUAACCUCACGAGAAUUGACAGGAGUCCACGUGACAGCAUCCUGCCUGGCUGGCAGUGAGGGCCAUCGCGUGUGGCCUCUGAGACCGCCUCACUUACAGGGAUCUGCACGGGGUCUCUGAACGACUGUAUGGUGGAUUUUUAUUUUCUUGCCACUAAAGGUAGCCUUUCUUAAAGCGUCUUAUAAAACAACACCAAAACUCGGUUCCCUUCUUGGCACACACAUCCGAGAUCCCAUGGACCGAGCAAUGAGAGACCUGGCAGCGGCCAUCUGGCUUGCUGUGGCUGGCCUUCGCGAGUCCUGUCUUUCCUGCAUGCAGCAUCCUCUUGGGCCCAGGCUCUCCCCAGCCCCGUGGCCUCAGACUGAGGGGACUGCCUCCUUCUGUCCUAUCUCAGGAGUGCUGUGGCUCUGCUUUCCAUCCCUCCCUCCCUGCGUCUGGUAAGGCAGCCAGACCUCAUCCACAGAAGUGUGUUGGCUCCUUGAGUCUGUCCUAGCAGGUGCCAUCGCCGUCCUCUUGCUUGAAGGUAGGUUCUUGGCACAGAGCUAAAGUUCUGUAGUGUCGGGUGCUCUUGAAGAUGUCACAAAGCUGCCUCAGCAUCCCAGCAAGUGUUGCAUCUUUGCUGAAUCCAGAUCAGUUAGCCGAGGGCGAAGGGAAGGAUUCCUUUUAGAAAAUGUAGUAAAUCAACCCCUCUCCCCAAAGAGCAGGCCUGACCUAGCAUAUGAACAGGAUCUUCUUCUUUUGGCCCCCUAUUUGGGGCAGGGGAGGAUCUCAAAGAAAAAUCUAUCCUAAAGCUCCUGUUCUGCAGGCAUCAGAUGAAUUGAGUGUCAGAUGGAAGCAGCAGCUAGUGGAUUUACAGCUGCACACAUGCACUAACAGGAAGGUGCCCCAUCAGCCUGUCGAGGGCUCCGUGUGGCCCAAGACUAGUCUGCUUGGUGGUGUAGACAGCAGCUUCCUUUGGUCAGGGGGCUCCUGCUGUCCCCCUCACCAUGUUCUUCCUGUCGCCAUUUUGUAAACAUUCUGUAAUGUCCCUGCUUGGAGGAGAGCUGGAGCUGGGUUCGUUGAAGUAUCUUGGGCAGCAGAAACAAGAACUGAAGGGGUGGCAGCUCAGUGCUGGUGAUAGCUCAGUGCAGACACAUCAGGGCGUAGUGCCCCCAUUGUCCUGGUGGGAGCCGGUGCUGGGAUGGCACCGCUGGCUUCGGCGUCCUGAGGAUAACAGCCUCAUUCCUUCACAAAACAGAAGGCAGGAUGUCAGGACAGUAGACCAGGUAGCCGAGGCCUGCGAGGCAUGGCUGAGCCAGGCGAGGGGCCGCUGAACAGAAGCAUGUCCGUGUGCGUCAACCAAGCAGGGUUGUGUGCUCACAAGUUUCCAAACUACCUCUCCCCAAAGAAUGUGAGGCACUGUCACCCUGCCACAGCGGAGUGAGGCGGACGUCUCACAACCCGUCCUGUUUCACAGGCAGGAAAACAGGGAGGGGUGACUUGCCUGUGACGACCACCCAGCGAGCAGGAGGUGAUCAGAACCUGUGUGUUCCCAUGCUCCCAUCUGUUGCUGACUUGUGUGUGAGCAAGUGUGACUCCAACCUUACACGUCAAGGACUGCCGUGCAUGGGUGUGUUCCUCAGACCAUCCGUACUCUGGUUAGGACAGUAGGUUCUUCCCAGCGUGUCUAAGAGAGCUGGGAGGGAAUACUGGUGCAUUUGCCCACCCCCCUUGCAAGGAAGGGCCAGUGCCCGAGUCUACUUAUUGUCUUGGGCACCCACUCAGAUCAGGGCACCCUGUGAAUCUGUGUUUGAACAAACUACUUCGGUAUUCCAAAACCUUGGGAUUGCAAGGUGCAGACUCCUGUAUGGUUGACACUCCCAGCAGGGCACGGCUUCAUCAGGAAAUCCUCGGAGCGGGGGUUCGGAAGGUUCCUUCUGGAGGCGGGACGCCUCCACAGCAUCAAAGGCCGGCCUGCGUCUCGCGGUGUGUGUCCAUUUGCCCCUCACUUCCCCUCACCCAUCCCUCAAAGUGACGGGCACAGGGGGAGGGGCACAGGGUGGCGGUUCCGUCUGGUAUGGGCUCGGAAGGCAUAGCGGCCAUAUUGACUUCACAUUAAACUGUGUAAAAUGUGGAAAAGACUCAGCAUGUUGGUCAAACAAUAAACUGUCCUAAUUCUCAACACAGA